AUGGCUUCCAAGCUCUACGCCACUAUAGCAGUCCUCCUCUGUAUCAACCUGCUCCUCACCGGCUUGGUCUCCGGCACCUCUUACGUCCCGUCUCCCUCGCCACCGGUGAAGCUUCCACCGCCCGUAAAGCCUCCGCCAUCAUGCAGCUCUUGCCAACCUUCCUACCCCUCCUGCCCCAGGGACGCUCUCAAGCUGGGCGUGUGCGCGAAUGUACUCGACCUGCUCAAGCUGAAACUUGGGAAGCCGCCCAGUGAACCUUGUUGUUCCCUCAUCAGCGGACUCGUUGACCUCGAGGCUGCCGUGUGCCUCUGCACCGCCAUCAAGGCCAACAUCCUCGGCAUCAAUCUCAACAUCCCCGUCGAUCUGUCGUUGCUGCUCAACUUCUGUGGCUACUCCAUUCCUCCUGGGUUUAAGUGUGCUUGA